AUGCAAGUGCACAGUGGAAAGUCCUAUAAAAUACAAAAUGCUGAAACUUCACACAGUGGAAAUUACGAAUGUCAGACCAGUACUGGAGAAAUAAGCGACCCCGCUAGACUGAAUGUUAGUGAUGAAUGGCUCAUCCUGCAGACCCCUCUAUAUGUCUAUGAAGGAGAUGAGAUGAAGUUACGAUGUCACCACUAUCCUGCACACUUUGGAAGAAAGACAAGAUUUUACAAGGAGAACAAAGUCAUUACAGAUGGGAGCGCUGAUGAGGAAUUUCAUAUUAGUAAUGUAGACAGGACAAGUGCCGGGAAAUACAAAUGUACAAAAGAAAUCUAUUAUAUUUUAUGGUCUGCACAUGUAGCUGAAGCUUCUGUAUCUGUAGAAGAGCUGUUCAAGACUCCGACCAUAAAAGUGACCCCACGCCCAGUUUUUAAGAAGGAAAACAUGACCCUAAAAUGUGAGACAAGUCUCCAUCCUUCGAGACAGAACACUCGGCUACUAUUUGCUUUCUACAGAGAAGGACGAAUUGUUCAGGGAUUUGGUGACAAGGACAUCUAUGAAGUCUCCAUGGUACAGCUGGAGCAUUCUGGGAAAUAUUCAUGUGAAGUGCAAACCACAGAUGGAAGAGUGAGGAAGAAAAGUGCAGAGGAACCAAUCCAGAUAGAAGAGCAAUUCUCAUAUCCAAAUAUAACGGUGACCGAAAAUCUAACAGCUGAAGGAGAUGCCAUGACCCUGACAUGUGACACGACUAUACAUAUAAAGCCUACAGAAGUGCAGUUCGCUUUCUACAGAGAUGGACGGGAGGUUCGAGGAUUUAAUUCAUCUAACAAAUAUGAAGUUCAGUUUGCUCAGCAGGAGGAUUCUGGGAAUUAUACCUGCGAAGUAAAAAACACAAUCAACACUACAAUGAAGACAAGUGAUAGGUACAACGUAUGGGUAGAAGAGCUCUUCUCCCCUCCAGUACUGAAAGUAUCUCCAGAGUUGGUCAACCAGGGGAAGAACAUGAUUCUAACUUGUGACACAAAUCUUAGUGAACAUAGGCAGACUACAGAACUGCAGUACGCCUUCUACAGAGACGGGGAAAACAUUCAAGGGUUCAACUCUUCUAAUAGGUAUGAGGCUAAAUUCAUGAAGGUGGAAAAUUCUGGGACAUAUACAUGUGAGAUACAAGCAUCAAACGGCAGUGUAAAGAAGAGGAGCAAGGAAGUUCAGAUAGAAGUGUCAUAUCACUCUUCUCUAAUGAUCAUACUACCUGUAAGUUUGGGGCUGCUCCUACUCAUCGUCAUCAUCUCUAUCUUUGUGUUUGUAUACAAUAAACGCCGAUCAUUCAACAAUAACCCUCAGCCACCAACAGACGCUGAUGAAUACUCUGAUGCAGAUAAUGAAUACUCUGAUGCAGAUAAAAUUACUUAUACAAACUUUGCCAUGACUAGGGGGCCACAGAAUGAUGUUCCAGAAAACAAUGGAUCUGAUGUUGUCUAUGCUGUAGUAAACUCCAAGGCUAAACUACAAGCCAAGGCUUCCCAAAGAAUGUCUGACACUUCAACCGACGUCUAUCAGAACAUCGGCUCCAAUAGAUAAAAUCAUCUCCAAAUGUGACCAUCAAGAAAAAAAAACAAAAAAAAAACACAAUUGUAUAAAUCAGCAAAAUUGAUGCACGUGGUGGAGAACAUAGUUUUUGCCUUUUUAUACAUUACUACACCACCAGAAUGAUGACCGGUUAAAUCUACUUAUUAUGUACAACUAUAUCAGUAGUCAGUACAGAAAUCUAUUUUCCUCAAAGAGACAAUCGGCCGUUUUACCUUCCUGUGGAUCAACAUUGUAUUGUAUUUAGCUCAACUUUUUAGCCUUUUUGUGCCUUAACCUCCCUGGCGGUAAUCCCGAGUGUGGAUCGGGGUUAACUUUCACUGCCAGAAGCGGUAACCCCAUAUCACACUCGGACCGCAAAACACUGACGCCGCACAUGGCCGGCACUUACAUAGAGAAGUCCUAUUCUUGUCCGCAGCUGUGGACAAGAAUAGGACAUGUUCUAUUUUCUUGCGGAGCUGCGGACCGGACGUUCAGGGCCGCGCUCCGGAAAUACAGAUGCGGAUAGCACACUGUGUGCUGUCCGCAUCCAUUCCUGCCCCAUUGAAAAUUGGGUACAAAAUUACUGACAUAAUCAGACCGCCAGGGAGGUUAAGAACCACGUGACCACACUGCUACCCACCUAUGACAAAGUAAUCUACUGAUCAUACAUCUUAUUUAUUUGCACGACGUAUCAAACAGGGGCUUAAGGCCUCAAUAUUCAAUUGUGUAUUUUGGCUGAACCUGCAAAUAUGGAUCUGAUCACCUGGUCCUUUUGUUUUUCCGGGAGAUGCGUUGCCGCCAGAAGUGUCUGGCAGUGGCUUUCUCCGCUCUCCCCAUUAAAUACACUUACAUGUUCAGCCGAGAUGAACAUUUAUGCGUAUGGGGUAGCUGGGUGGGAGUUGGAAGAGAUAGCUGUUGGGUGAACCAACAUUCGGCUGACAGCAGCUGAGUAUGUAUGGCCACCUUUAGGCCUAGGGCAGACUGAGCAGUAGGACAGUUGGCCACUUUAAACACCCCUACAUAAGACAGAGGCCUUCUGUUGCACCUCCAUCUGAAGCAGUCACCUCCAGUUUCAUUCAGCACCCGUCUAGUACGCAUUUGUCUCGGAAUUUCAUCUGCAAGAUCUGAAAUGUUGAAACAAAAUAUGCAACAAUGCUGUGGAUUCAAGGCAAGCUGCAGAUUCUCUUCACCGAAUCCACAAUGAAACCUGCAUAUACCACAAGUGGAUUUGAGUUUGGCGGAGAUUUUUCGUUUGAAUCAACAGCGUAAUUUUUACUCUAUGAACUCAAUCCCAAUGAGCUGGGUGCCUCACAUUAAUUAUGUAAUGUCUCUUGUGAGAAGUCACCAAUAACAUCUUGAGGUUCAUGACAAACUAAUCCCAGUCACUAUUUCUUGAUAAUAGGAAUGUUUAAUCCUCAAUGGGUGUAUUAUAAGAAUUAGGCAACAGAAUUUUAGUCACCCCGAUUCAACCGUGAACAUGCAUGUCCUAAGACACAAGGGAGACUGGACUGAGUAUGAUUAAAUCUGAAAUACCCCAUCCAUCAAUCCCUAAUAAUAAAUUAGGCCAGGUUUAAUGUAUACAGUAUAGCCAGAUGAAUAGUUGAACCUAGCAUCAAAGAAGAAGUCUCCAUAGGACUGGGGGGGGGGCAUACCCCCCUCAGAGUGCAGAGCUGACAUUAAAAGAUGUAUUUAGGGCAGUUAACCAGUGUGGAGUGGCCCUGACGGUGUUACAGCAGCAAAUGGGGUCCCUGAAGCAAGAUUUCUCCUUUAUGUCACAUGACCUGCAGAAAGUUAAUGAAAGAAUUGUAGAGGUAGAAGCCCAUGUCAGUGAAGUGGAAGAUAAGUUGCUCCCUCUAACAAGAGCAUCCCGCACCCAUGAACAGCAGAGCUCAGCAUUGAUGGCCAAGACGGAUGAUCUAGAGAACCGCCUUAGACGCAACAAUGUGCGUUUUCUGGGGAUCCCUGAAAAAGUUGAGGGACAAGACCCUACGUCCUGCUUUGAAAACUGGCUUAAAGAAGUUUUUUGGAACAGACGCGCUUGCCCCACUAUAUGCGGUGGAACGGGUGCACCGAGUCCCCACCAGACUGUUGCAGCCGAGAGUGGCACCACGACCUGUUCUGAUUAAGUUACUUCAUUAUAGGGAACGGGAUGCCAUUUUGCGGGCAGCCAGAAACCGCCCUGACAUCACCAUCAAUGGGCAAAAAAAUUCGUUUUUUCAAGACUUUUCCUCAGAAGUCCAAAAGAAGCGGAGCCAGUUCUUGCAUGUCAAGCGGUGACUUUGUUCCUUGCAAGUGUCCUAUUCUAUGAUGUACCCGGCACGUCUGUGGGUGGCUACUCUGGGAUCUGUUCAUUUCUUCAAUACACCGAAAGAUGUGGCGACAUGAAUUGACCAGCAUGAACGUCGGCUGCGACAGGAGGAGAGAGGAUCACUGCCUGAUUAUUUCAAGUUUGCACCCUCGGUUAUCACUGAGUGACCUGUUGGAAUGUUACCCAUCUGCUAUUCUACUACUGAACUGCCCAUGGAGAACGUGUAUCCUUUUAUGGUGGGGGACAUUUUCACUCAACAGAAGUAGUUUGAAACGUUGCUUUGGUAUCCGGUUUCAUGGAGGACUUGUGCCUUGGCCUGUUAGAUAAUCCAAUGCAGGCACGAUUUUUUGGGUUCUGGGUUGUUUUAGUUUUUUGUUGUUCUCUUUUUCUGGGGACUUUAUAUAUUACAGCCAUAUUGGUGCUCUGUAUCUGUGCUGCUAUACCUGCUUGUUGGCACUGUACUCCCAUCGUGCUGCUCUCAUCUACAAUGCUCUAAUUAUAUUAUGUUAUCAGCUGGGUUAUAUUUCUGAUGUUUAAGUAUGGCUAUGGCACAGGCAUUCCAUAGGUCAUGGAUGAGUUAUACUUUCCACUCAGCGUUAUCUAGCUAUUCCCGAGGGGUUAGCAUCCUGGUUCAUAAAUCAAUUCCCUUCCAGGCUCAGUCGUCCAGUAUAGAUCCUGAUGGUCGCUUUAUUUGCAUACGUUGUACUAUCUUCACACAGGAAUAUCUAUUAGUAUUAUUAUAUAUACCUCCACCUUAUAGAAGUGUGCCAUUAAAAGGCGCCUUGACAUUUAUUAAUGAUAACCCUGAUAUACCCGUUAUUAUGGUGGGAGACUUUAACAACACUAUUAACCACUGCUGUUAUAUUAUAUGGGUGGACGCCGGCAGACGCUGAUGGUCUUGUAUCAGCCUUUGUUAGAUUAUGGAGGGUGGCCUUAAUAGAUUUGUGGCAUACCCGGAAUCCUAAUGUACGUCAGUUUUCUUGCUAUACUAGAUCGCACGAGGCUUUAUCACGCAUUGACUUGGCAUUGGGAACUGAGUUGGUGAGUAGACAGGUGGUGGAGGUUAAGUACUUGGCUAGGGCUUUGUCUGACCAUUCCCCUUUGUUUCUGCGUCUGUCUGCCAUACCCGUGGUUCCCAUCUCUCAACGUCUGUGCUCAAUCCAGGAAUUAGUAGAGCCAAACUUAUAAGCCAACAGUUUGGAAAAUCUUUGAGGGACCGAGUUGGAGCGACAGAAGCGAAUUUUGUGGAGAAAGGCGAUCAGCUGUCUUUAUCUGUCUGGAAGGAGGCACAGGAUGCAUAUGACUCGCAUGUUGUGGAACUUGCCCGCACAAAACAAUCCUUUCAGCGACAGAAGUAUUAUGAUGAGGGGGAGAAGGCGGGUCACUUACUAGCCCUUGUGGGUAGGGCACAGUCCACAUCGGUGUACAUCACUGCUUUACAGGGGGUGGAUGGGACGGAAAUUGUGGAUAGUCAGGCAAUAAUGUCUACCUUUGGCUCCUUUUAUGCCAGUCUGUAUCAGCAACGUCUAGGGCGUAUCAUCAUAUUUACAUGGGGUACCCUUGCCCAGGCUGUCAGAUUUAGAUAGAGUUUACCUUAAUGGUCCGCUAUAACUGCUAGAAAUUGAGGAGGCAGUGUCUUCCAUGGCAAAUAAUAAAUCACCAGGUACUGAUGGUCUGCCAGUAGAAAUUUAUAAGAAGCUUGGAGACGUUUUACUACCUCAGUUGCUAAAAGUUCACCAGGAAGCCUCAGAGAUAGGGGCGCUCCCGGCAUCCAUGCAGGAGGCUAUUAUAGUUGUUCUCCCUAAGCCGGGAAAGAACCCUCUCCUCCCGGAUUCAUACCGACCUAUAUCAUUGUUGCCCACAGACAAAGAUAUUGGCUAAAGUGCUAGCUAUGCGCCUGUCUAAGGUUAUCUCCUCUUUUGUACAUAUGGAUCAGUCUGGAUUUUUACUGGAUAGAUCCACAGCGGUUAAUAUCAGACGUCUCUAUCUUAAUAUGCAGAUUCCGGUAGACAACCCAGGAGAUAUAGAGUCAUCUGUUCCCUGGAUGCCACUAAGGCAUUUGAUAGCAUUGAGUGGGAGUAUCUGUGGGAGGUACUAGAGAGGUUUGGUUUAGGGAUAGUUUCCUAGCAUGGGUGCGGUUGUUAUAUGGUAGGCCUACAGUGCGGGUAUGGGUGAACGGAUGUUUAUCAGAAGGAUUCCAGCUAUACCAGGGAACCAGGCAGGGCUGCCCUUUAUCUUUGUUACUGUUUGCUCUAGCCAUCAAGCCAUUGGCGGCUAUUAUUAGGAGUCAUGACGGGAUUACAGGGUUUAACCAAGGCGGGUCACAAGAGAAAAUUGCAUUGUAUGUGGACGAUGCCUUGUUGUUCCUGGCCGAGGCUAGGGAGUCUCUACCGGUGGUUGUGGAUGUGAUCGGUGCUUUUGGGUGCUACUCUGGCUUGGUGAUAAAUUGGAGCAAAUAGUCUCUUCUCCCUGUGGAUAAUGUGGAUGACUCUGUGACCUAUACUCAGACAGGACUUCAGGUGGUGAGUGAAUUUAAGUAUUUGGGGGUGGUGGUGUACAGGAAACUCAGGGAAUAUGAGAAGCUGAACUUAUCCCCCCUCAUAGGCAGAUUUAAACAAAAAUGCAUGUGUGGUCUAGGCUGCCGCUGUCGGUAGUAGGACGGAUCAAUCUUAUUAAAAUGCCGCAGCUACAGUACUUUAUACAUAAUUCCCCCAUAUGGUUGCCUCUCAGGUUUUUUCACUCAAUUAAUAAGCUGUUUAGGGAGCUCAUAUGGAGAGGGGGCUCGGCGCGGUUGAGGCUGGAGACGCUGCACAGGAGUAAAACUGAUGGGGGAUUGGCUCUCCCGAACACGUGGGUGUAUUUCUUAGCCGCUCAACUUCAGCAUAUGCGGGGUUGGGAAAGCUUGGAGGGAGAUACCCAAAAUAGGUUACCGAGAGGCUUCCUGGUGGUAUCAAACCUAUCCGAUCCAGUAGAUCCGAAUAUAUAGCCAAGAUUAAUUGGCUAAUCAACCUGGAACGAGGGGUCUAUAGGAAAAGGGUUGCUCUGACCAAAUUUCAAAAGCUUUGGACUCCCUGGAUUGAUGCCCCUGGGCUGGCGUCUAGGGAACUCCAGAGAUACCGCUUGGGAUUGGUGUGAGGGGUACUACUGCAUGCUUUGUAUAUCUCUGUGGUUGGUCUUGUGGGACUUAGGGAAUGUCUUUAUACUAUCUGUCUGAUAACCUAUGUAAUGUUCUCUACAGGAUCCAAGAUUUAAUUCAAAUGUAUUGAUGGGAGUUGUGGAGGGGAGGGGCACGUAUCGUCACGCUGAAAUGUUGGUGUGGUCGGGAGGAGUGAGGCGUGGCGGAUAGAGAGCAUCUUU